CGCGUUCGUCCAAGUUCCGCCGUUCAGCUUGCUAGCUUCACCAACAAGGGCCUAUAGGCUAUCUCGCGCUUGGAGCCUGCCUGAUCUGUCGAAAAUCCUUACAGUAUCUAGCCUAAUAUCUCUCUGAGCAAGCUUUGCAUUCCUCACAUGCCUCCGAAACGCAAGUCAGACGACUCAGCCUCGCCGGAUCCCCCCACAGCUCGCGAGAGGAAGAAGCAGAAAACCGCGUUAGCUCGGAAUAUAACUGUCCAGACUUCUCAAGCAACAGGUACUAGCAAUGCAUCUGCAGGCCCUUCGAAAUCUGUACGCUUCAGCUUCAACAGCAUGCAAGGCCUGCCAGCAUCUAUUGACGUGGAACGAUUUGCCGAGGCACGGGCGUUCGAGAUCAACGCGAUGGAAGAAGCCAUGAAGAGUGCCCAGUCAGCAUCUACGAAGAGGGCCUGGCAAGAGCUACCUCGUCAUUUGAGACGACGAGCAGCCAGUCAUGACGUGCGCCGCGUCCCCCUUCGACUGAGAGACAAGGCCCGAGCGGAGAUGGAUCCUCAGCGCAAGAAAGCGCUUGGACGACACGUCCCGAAACGUGGUAAAUCCAAACAAAUAUCCCGGACGAAGCAGUUCCUUAAGCGGCAGAUCGAUAAGACGUGGUUAGAGACGCACAUAUGGCAUGCGAAGAGGAUGCACAUGGACAACAUGUGGGGCUAUCGGUUGGCAGUAGAACCCACGGAGAAGUCUUUCCGCCCCUCGCACAGAGCAUCAGUUCAUGGCUCCAUUCUGCAUGACGCAUCGUACUUUGCGCUCGUUGAACUCACGGGACCGGAGGACAUCCUUCGCGCCAUACUGGACAGUUGUUCGGACUUUCAGGGCGCAAGUCCUGGAGCCAAACGGUUCCUGACGGGCGCGAGAGUCUGCGAAACGCAUCUAUACAAGCAUCGAUCGUAUCCAUUUGAUUUGGUUUCCCCGAUGACCGUCCUAUGGCAACCAGCCACCCAGAGCAACAGCAAGCCUGAGGGGGUUCAGUCCGAAGAAGAUGGCACAAAGUCGAAGAAACGCCGCAGGAAAGGGAAGGGCAAAGACAAGGUGCAUGACGGCGCCUCGGGCUCGGCUCAACCUGGGCGCAAAGUCUGGAUACGCGUACACCCCUCCGCCGUACAUGUCGCACACCAGACGCUUCGCCUUGCAGCAUCAUACGCUCUGGAUGCCGCGAGGACGGCGGAGCCAAAUAGGGAGGUAGCAGAGGUUGAGAUUGCCGACCUGAGGGAACGCGUUAAUGUAUUCGAGAUCAUGGGGCCGAAGUCCAGUCAGGUUAUCAAGGGUGCACUCAAGCCAACGAAAGAUAACGAUGGGACGAGUUUCCGAAGAGGUAUGGUGGUUGGCUUCACUCUUCCCACCCAAAAAGCGAAGCUUGAAAGCGGACUUACAUCGUCUCCGAUUACAGUCGACAUUUGGGACAGAACACCAAAAUACAAAAAGAAGACAUCGACCAGCGCAAGUCUCAGCAACAUCGUGCUCACUGAGCCUGGUGCAGAAUUUGGUGCCGGGACCAUACUGCAGCCGACUCAGAAAGACGACAGAAUACCUGUCAUUCUUAUGCAGCGCUCGGUCGAAAGCGCCUCGCCCAUCUCACCUUCGUCUCCCCAUCACACAAGCUCCUCGACUGCCCUGCAUGGAUGGACACUAAUCAUCCCCCAGGGCUGGGCCAUGGCGUUCUUGCCGUCCCUCAUCUAUACGGGCACCCGGGUGGGUGGCCAGCGUGAACGGCAGACUCAGACCUACGAAGGCGGCUGUGCCUACUUCCCCCGUGACUAUCCGUUUACCGAUGCAUAUGAGGAAUAUGCGGACGAUAGGGAAGCAAAGGAACAGGACAGAUGGGAACGCAAGCCACCGGCGAAACGGGUGAACUAUACAAAGAUUGGGACCCGCAGUCCCUGGAAGCCCGAUUGGGAAGUUGUCCUGGGACUGCAGGAGCUACCUCAGGAGCUGAUCCCUGCUCAGCGAGAAGACGUGCAGAUGGCUACACCGGAUGAGCAGGCACCCGGCAUCACUGCACAAGCGGGCAACGACGGGAAGCAAGUUCGCCCUUGGCUCCUUCGUGGACAGGACGUUCCCUCGAUAAUUCACAGUAUCUCGUCUAUGUUCAACCCUAGUGCUGGCCUGGCGGACUACAUCGACCAGCUCCGCGUCAAGCGCGGCCAGGAUCCGCUAGGCAACAGUGUGCGAGCGAAUGAGUUGUGGAAAGGCGCGCUCGUGAGGGUCAGGGUGCUUCUAUGCGGAAGAGGUAACCCGGAGGAUCUCGCACUGAUAUACAAGCUUGACGACGAGGAGUCGAAGAAAUGGAGCGAGGCGGAGGCUCUCAGUAAGCAGGGUGCUCCGGCACUGCUAUCGGAGGAUGCAGACGAGACGGAGCUCUCUCAGCAGGCUCCCUCCAGAGAUGCCAUCAUCGGCUAUGUUACUACAGGACACUACUCAUCCAUACCUGUGAGCAACCUCGUCGAUCUACAGCGACAAGCAGAACGGUUGCGCACGCCGGACUCAUUGCUGGUAAAGAUUCGUGAUCGAGGCGAGACGAUUUGCAGAGCUGCUCGCCUCGAGGUGCUCACCUGAGACUGGAUAUUCCGGAUGUACUUACCUGAGAUGUUCGAACGCAUUGAUCUUCAAACAAUGCACGUCGUGCUCGUACUCAUCAGCUAGAACCCAAGGCAUGUUCCACUCCUGCGAGA